AGCUGUCGAUGAAAAGUAACAGUUACGCAUAGGUUAGCUCAUCUCUAUAGCCGCCACGUUUUGGUAAACGAAACGAAUCGCUGACGAAAUCUGCAGUGAAAAUUGAUUAAAUUGAAAAGCGUUGAAAAUGGUUUUGGAUUUGGAUCUAUUUCGCAAAGACAAGGGCGGCAAUCCCGAUGCGGUGCGCGAGAAUCAAAAGAAGCGCUUCAAAGAUGUCGGCCUCGUCGAGACCGUCAUCGAAAAGGACACCGAAUGGCGUCAGCGUCGGCAUCGAGCCGACAACCUGAACAAGGUGAAGAACGUCUGCAGCAAAGUUAUUGGCGAGAAGAUGAAGAAGAAGGAGCCCCUAGGCGCCGAUGGCGAGGAGGUGCCCGCUUCGGUACGCUCGGAUCUAACGCAAAUCACAGCCGAAACCCUGCAAGCGUUGACGGUGAAUCAAAUCAAGCAAUUGCGGCUGCUCAUCGAUGAUGCGAUGACCGAGAAUCAAAAAGCGCUGGAGCUGGCAGAGCAAACCAGGAAUACUUCGCUGCGUGAGGUGGGCAAUCACUUACACGAAUCGGUGCCCGUUUCCAACGACGAGGACGAGAAUCGUGUGGAGCGCACAUUUGGUGAUUGUACGAAGCGUGGCAAAUAUUCGCAUGUGGAUUUGAUUGUUAUGAUCGAUGGCAUGAAUGCCGAGAAGGGCGCCGUGGUGUCCGGUGGCCGUGGUUACUUCCUAACUGGCGCCGCUGUCUUCCUGGAGCAAGCCGUCAUACAGCAUGCCCUGCAUUCGCUCUACCAGAAGGACUAUGUGCCCCUUUAUACGCCCUUCUUUAUGCGCAAGGAGGUGAUGCAGGAAGUCGCCCAGCUGUCGCAGUUCGACGAAGAGCUGUACAAGGUGGUGGGCAAGGGCAGCGAACGGGCCGAGGAGAGCGGCACAGAUGAGAAAUACCUGAUAGCCACCUCGGAGCAGCCGAUAGCCGCCUAUCAUCGUGAUGAAUGGCUGCCAGAGGCAUCGCUACCAAUCAAGUACGCUGGCCUCUCCACGUGCUUCCGCCAAGAGGUGGGCUCCCAUGGACGUGAUACGCGAGGCAUCUUCCGGGUGCAUCAGUUCGAGAAGGUGGAACAAUUUGUGCUGACCUCGCCGCAUGACAACAAAUCGUGGGAGAUGAUGGACGAGAUGAUUGGCAAUGCGGAGCAGUUCUGCCAAUCUCUAGGCAUCCCAUACCGCAUUGUCAACAUUGUUUCGGGCGCACUGAAUCAUGCCGCCUCUAAGAAGCUCGAUUUAGAGGCCUGGUUCGGCGGCAGUGGCGCCUACAGAGAGCUUGUCUCCUGCUCCAAUUGUCUGGACUACCAGGCACGUCGACUGCUGGUGCGCUAUGGCCAGACCAAGAAGAUGAAUGCAGCUGUGGACUACGUCCACAUGCUGAAUGCCACAAUGUGCGCUGCCACGCGUGUGAUUUGCGCCAUCCUGGAGACCCAUCAGACGGAGACGGGCAUCAAGGUGCCGGAGCCUUUAAAGAAAUACAUGCCCUCCAAAUUUCAGGAUGAAAUUCCAUAUGUGAAGCCAGCGCCAAUUGACUUGGAACAAGCUGCCGCCGACAAACAGAAGUCCAAGAAGGAGAAGCCGAAGAAGGAUCCUGCAGCUGCCUAAGCUAAAGACUAACUUUUAUACCGAAUGACCCCUAGAAGAUGAUACAGCAGCUGCCUAAAGGACAGAUUCAUCCCAAUCCCAAUCCUCAAGCCACGCGAUUCACUCAGCAUAAAUUAAGCUUUCAAAAUUGUGUUAUUAUCUAUUAUAUAUUUAUCGCAUUUACUGCAAAAACGUUUUAUAAUUAAAUCGGGCACAAGUUGCGCUUCACAAUGCAAAAGCUAUAGAACAAUA